AUGAUCUACUACGACACGUCGCACUUGUGGGCCGUGUUAAUGCGCUGGCAUGGGUCUGCAUUAAACGGCCAAGCUCCGAUGCGUGCUUUCAUUAUGGCCAUGAUCGCGUUGGUUGUUGCUGUUGUGAAUCGCUAUCACCCUUUUGUGGUUCCUACACGAGAAUCGACAGCAUUUACCGACUCACUCACUGUGUUUAACACAUUUCUCGGUCUGAUCGUCUCCUUCCGCAUGAACUCGGCGUUCUCACAGUGGCGGGCUGGUGUGGUCGCCGUGGGGUCACUAUCAGAAGCAGCGCGUGAUAUUGUAGGCUCAGGCUGCGCGUACGCAUCAAACAUUCCUCAAGAUGUCCUCGAGAAGUGCACGUUCUUCACUGAACUGCGUCGUCUAGUAUUCCUCUAUAUUGCCAUCGUGUUCCACGAUUGUCGUGGCUUGGACGGGAUCGACAAACUGAAGGAGGCGGGCGUGCUUACGGACGCUGAAUACGACGAACUCUACGCAUGCGGAUCGGAACACAAGAUGCAGGUAGAGGACAAGGAGUCUUACAGAGCAAUAGUUCGCCGUACCCCUCACAAGCUACGCGCCACGAUCACAGAGCUGUGGCUAAAGCGACUUGUACAAGUUGCUACGAAUCGAGGACACCUAACGUUACCGAACGCGAACGCUCUCCAGCUCAAGCUCGCACGACUGCCCAACCUGUACACAACGGUGUUCAACAUUGCCAACGUCCCGAUCCCAUUCAACUACAUGCAGUAUCUGCAGUUUCUGCUUACUGCGUAUAUGCUGCUCUAUACAUUUGUUAUUGUGCCGAGGUCUGGGUUGUACACACCUCUAUGGGUAUUCAUGUGGGGGACAUUUCUGUUCAUGGCGGACGAAGUUGCCAUGGAGAUCGAGUGUCCAUUUGGACUUGACGCGAAUGAUAUCGACUUGGAGGCGCGGCUUCUGCAGAUUGAGGAAGAGCUCACAGUGUUGAUCCGUAGUCAAUACUACUUCUGA